GGGGGGAGGUGUGCGCGCGCGGGGACUGAGCUUGCAGUCUGGCAAAACAGCAUCCUUCCCUCCUCCCUGCUCCUCCCCUCUUCCCUCUCGGCAUCUCUCCCACGCUCCCCAGCUCCCCGGACCCUCCCAAAGUCUCUCGUGGCGCGGCUUGUUUUCCUCGUGUUAGCGUGCAGGCCCGUUCGGCUCGGCUCGGCUCGGUCUCUCCGCAGCUGAGGUGGGCGUGCGGAGCCUCUGACCCUCGGUCGCCCACACUGACUCGCGUUCUCUUCUGCUCCUCAGGGGAGGGGGGGUUAUGGACGGACUGCGCUUACCUCCGCUCAUAGAGGAGGCUCUGGACUCCACAGAUGACCCCUGUGACCUGAAAGCUGAAAGCAGCCCCAACAUGGACAUCGAGAUCACAGCCAAGGAGAGAGGCGUCCUGGAAGAGAACAACAAAAAGGACCAGAUGGAUCAAUCUCAGGAGGAAGAGGGAGAAGAAACGAAACUGAAGCAGGAGGAAGGUGAAGGGGAUGAGAAGAAGAGGAAGGAGGAAGAACUUCUGACAGAGGAGCAGGAGCUGGAGGAGCUCCGAGCUCAGGUGCUGCAGCUGCUGCUGGAGCUGGAUGAAGCCAGAGAGACGUCCAACAAGCACCAGGAGGGCUUCCACGAGUUACAAGGUCUGCUGGAGGAUGAGCGUUUAGCCAGUGCUCAUCAGGCUGAGGCCUUCACACGGCAGAUCCAGAAUCUUCAAGCCCAGCUGCGCUCUGUGCAGGAGGAGAUGGACAGCCUGGAGGAGGAGAAGGAAAGUGAACUUACUGAGCUCCAGGAGGAGCUGCGUGUGGCCCAAGAGGAGGUGGUUCUGCUCCAGCAGGCGGCGGAGGAGGCUGCCGCAGAGAGGGAGAACGACAUUGCGUCGCUGCAGGAGGAGCUGUGUCGGCGGCGGGCCGAGCUGCAGCGCCUCAGUGAUGAGACCCAGGAGUACGAGCUGGAGAUCACAACGCUGAGGGCUGAGAUCAGGAUGAAGAGCCAGCGCAGGGAGGCAGAGAGGAGAGAGGGUGACGUGGACCUGCUGAAGGAGGAGUGCCGAAAGCUGAGGGAGGAGUGUCAGACCCUGAAAGAGGACAACAGACAUCUGUCCGAGAGGCUGCAGCUGCUGCAGAGACAGAGGACGUGCUCCAGCGUCUACCUGUCACUAAAAGAGGAGGACGCAGUAGAGGGCACUGACGAGAAGGUGACAGAGAUUGGCUCAGAUGAGGUCAUGACAGAGAGCUACAUGACCAUGGCCCAGUCUGAGAACUGUCGCCUGGUGGAUGCCUCCAUCCAGAAGAACAUCUCCUUUGAUGGGAAGCCGGUGACACCGACAGGCUGGAACGGAGGCGUCGGGGAAAUCUUCUCCCUGAGAGACCAGCUGAAACAGGCUGAGGAGAAGGCCUCGCAGGUCCAGAGAGAAUGUGACGGACUAAAGAUGGAACUCAAGGAACUGCAGGUACUGUAUGACAGCAGCCAGAGGGAGCGAGCAGAGCUGGAGGAGGAGCUGCAGCGCUGCAAGGCAGAGUUGGAGAAGCUGUCAGGAGGGAAUCGGAGACUCAUCCAUCCGUCUGAGCACCCUGUUCUCUCCAUCCCCUUCAUAGGAAUGAUUGUAAUUGUGGCUGUGGUCUGGUGCUGGUUGUCGGAGCUGGCGUCCCAGAGAGCAAGGGGAGUGAGGUAGGUUGGAGCUCCAUUGUGACUCUCUCUGCAGCUGCAGCACUGCUACUGGCAAUGGCUAGCUUACUGCGAGCUCUGGUCCGAUGCUGACUGGAUGGAUAACAACUGUGAAAAGGACGGACGUCUGCUUCAGACCAGCCUUCCUUGUCUUCUGCCACAUCCGUAGACUAACCCGGAAUGAUUGAAAGGAGGAUAUAAAAUACAGCAGUUUAGUAGAAAAACCUAUGGGAAGUUUCAUCUCUAAUGAGGCGGUACAACGUGCGCUGAGAAUGAUGCUGCCUGUCAGUCUUGUUUGUAGAGAAAAACAUCGAUGGAGAUGAUCUGGCCUGCAGGGAGCCCGCAUGAGGAUGGAUCCCUCCAGUUGAAGUGUCCUAGUGCUGUGCCAGUCCUCCCCUGUGUCAGUAAAAAUGAGCUUUUUUCUCUUUCAGCAAUGUGACACAAUGAAGGUCUUAAUGUGCUUCAAAUGGCAUUUAUUUAAUUUAACCAUUAUUUAUUCAUUUUUGAUGGAGGUGUUGUAUGUUUGGUAAUAAAGGCAAGCGUUCCGGCUGCGCACUCCCCUUCACUGAAAAUGAGUACCGGUAUAUUCACCCAAAUCAAACUAUCAGUUGCUUUUCAGCAAUGACUGAAUGUCAGGCCUUUUUCUGUGAAAGCAGCAGUUAUAGUGCAAUUACUAGAAUGACAAGAAUAUCUUAAUUAACCUGCCACUCCCGGCUUAAUGGUCUCUGUGAAAUGAGGAUGUGUUGAGAAUUUAUUAGUGUCCAAGUUGAAGAAAACAGCAGUCAGAGGGCUAUCUGUUUGAAGAAUUAAGAAAGGGGCCAUAGAGGAGCUAAACUGAAUCUGCAAGAUGAGCUAAUUUUGUUGCUAUUUGAAACAACUCCCUGGAUGACGCAGGGCGGACUAUUUAACAAUAAAUUCACGUUUUCUUCACAGCAGAGUCAAUGCUGCAAUGUGGCCCACCUACCCAGUUCAAACUGUUGCAGCUUUGCAACAGUUUUAAUUGAAGGACCUUAUUAUAAACAUUUUGUGCAACUGUCUGAUGACGAAAGUGGGAUUUAAAACCCCACGCUGACAGUUUCUAAGCUGUUUUGAAUGCAGAAGUUGUUGGUUUUUGCCUGUCAGUUUGGCUCGCUCUGCUGUAAUUCCUUUUCUUAUCGUCAAACUGAGAUUGCAUGGCUGCUGUCUUCUGUAGGUACAGCCCUGAUAGUUGCUUCACACAGAUCCCGCUUUGAAAAAUAUAAGAUGCAUAAUGUCAGUCCCUGCACACCUGUAGCAAAUCUAACAGUCAGUGGUGUCCAUCCUGCCUGCCUGCUCACCUUUAAAUCAUGCAGCUACAAAAAGCUGCACUGAAACCAAAAAAAUAAAACGAAGUAAAAGACACACACUCUGCUGCAUUCUUGAUGUAUUCUAAAAGUGCAGCAAAAGUUGAGAAAACUUGAGGCUGAGCUGAACUUUGUGUUGUUUUUCCUUACAUUCAGCUAAAUGUCAAAGAAACUUUUCUUUUGCCUUCAUCCGAUUUAUAUUGACUCUGCUUUUCUGAGUGGAUUGUUUGAAGGUCUGCAGAUGCUUACAGGUACUCCAUGGGACUGCAGUGACUCAGAUUUAUGAGCGGAAAGUUGCAUAAAAAUCAGGCUAUUUUAGCUGCAGAUCAAGUAAAACCAUCGAUGAGGUGAGACUUUGUGAGGGUCCAAAACCUGUACAUAUAGAAAAGCAUCAGACUUAGCAUCACUUACAAACACUUCUAUUUAUGUAUUGAAGGAAUCCGUUUACAUCUGUGAAAUAAUCUUUUGUGUGACGACCUCGUAGGACUUUAAGCGCAUGCUAUGAAACACGUAGAGCAUAAUAGAUCUAAUUUAUGUUUGUGAGUUCUGUUACUUUGUAUUCCAUGUAAAUAGGAGUGACAAACAGUACUAUGGGAGAGAUAUUUCCUAUAUCCAUUUGUACUAGCUUUGUAGAAAGUUUAUUCUUUUUUGAAAGAGCAUCGUAUAUUUGAUAGACAGAUUCUCUGUUAACGUAAAUGUUUAUUUAUGGUGACGUUAUCUGGAGGAGCAUCUCCAACCAUUGUCAGUGUUUCUGUGUUUGAAGGUGAGGUACUCGUCGCAUGCAUUUAUAUCGCGGCUGACCGCAUAGGUGCCAGAGCGCACACUAGGAACCUCCAUAAACACAGCAGGACCAACGUCACGUCUGCACACAAACAAUCAUAGAAAUGACAUGUGCCACAAGACUGCAAAUGUCACUACUUGAUCCCGUUGCAAUAGAAGCCAUUUAUUGCAAUAGAAUAUUCUGCCCGAUUUGGGAUAUCAUUGUGUUUUAUUUUUUUGCUUGUUUCAUGAAUAUUAACAUCCAAAGUCUAGGAAGCUUCUGUAUUGCACAUGGAUCGCAUUGUUGUUUUCAGUAUAGUUGUGGCUAUUUUGUUACUUGGAGGUCUAUUUUGCACUGUAAAUGACUUCAAGAAAAAAAAUAAAUAUAUCCAGCUCAAAAGAUGA